AUGCCUCCCGAGGGCCGCCCGGAACCCGCCCGCAGAGCUGCCGCCGCGCCACCAGCCAGGCCCUCUGCGCUCGCCCUUCCCCGCCACGCCCAGGACUCCAUCGCGCCUCUCCCCGCGCAGCCGCUCGAGGCUGAAAUAAAGGCACCUCCCGUGGCCACCAGGCACACUUGCUGGGCACUGGGUACCUUUCAGACCCUUCGCGGAGCCCAGGUGGACCAGACCAGGGUGCCUCGAGUCCAGCAACUGAGACGGGGCGACAGCCCUCGGCCCGGGCUGCCCUCGCCCCGCCGCGCGGCGACCACCGUGUGCCCCUCUAAACACCACCUGCCCCUGCGGAGCCCCGCCCCCGCGCCUGAGGCCGCGCUCUUCCUGGAGCGACCCCCGGGGGCCCGCCCCCAAAGAGGCCCCGUCCCCCGGGAGCCCCGCCCUCAAAGAGGCCCCGCCCCUGGAAGGCCCCGCCCCGAGCCUGAGGCCGCGCUCUUCCCGCAGCGCCCCCUGGCGCCCGCCGCGGUCACUGCCAGGAUCCUGCGCUGCAGGUGUCCUGCGCUCUCCCGGGCCCGGGCGACGCUGCCAGGCCGCCCAGCGAGCCGCGCCCCGCAGCCGGUGACCCAGGACCGACCGCCGCGGGCCCUCGGGCUGGGCUCCACCCGGCAGCCCUGGCGGUGGAAUCUGCCGCCUUUGGCAUCCACCGCUCACGUGCGCGGCAGGUGCUUCCCCCCCCAGUCCCAGCCCCAGGACAGGUGA